GGUCUGAUUGGAUGCAUUCAGUUAACCUCCCUCAGUGCCGUGUUGGCGCAGAAACUGGAUGAGAGCGACCCGGUGGUCACCACCGCCUACGGCAAGCUCCGAGGGGUCAAAAAGGAGCUCAACAACGAGAUCCUGGGCCCCGUUGUGCAGUUUCUUGGCGUUCCUUAUGCCUCCCCCCCUACCGGCAAGGGCCGCUUCCAGCCGCCCGAGCCCCCGGUGCCGUGGCCGGAUGUCCGCAACGCCACCCACUUCGCUCCGGUGUGCCCUCAAACCAUCGUGGAGGGCCGCCUGCCAGACGUGAUGCUGCCGGUGUGGUUCACCAACAGCAUCGACGUGGUGUCGACCUACGUCCAGGAUCAGAGCGAAGACUGCCUCUAUCUUAAUAUCUAUGUCCCCACCGAGGAUGGUCCCCUUACAAAGAAACACACUGAUGAUUUAGGUGAUAGUGACCGCACGGACGACGAAGACAUCCGGGAGAGCGGCAGCCCCAAGCCGGUGAUGGUUUUCAUCCACGGGGGCUCCUACAUGGAGGGAACCGGAAACAUGUUUGACGGCAGCAUCCUGGCCAGCUACGGCAACGUCAUCGUGAUAACUGUCAACUACCGCCUGGGUGUCCUCGGUUUCCUGAGUACGGGUGACCAGGCCGCGAAGGGGAACUAUGGCCUACUGGACCUGAUCCAGGCUCUGCGCUGGACCAGCGAGAACAUCGCUGCCUUCGGCGGCGACCCGCUGCGCAUCACCGUGUUCGGUUCGGGGGCCGGGGCCUCCUGCGUGAACCUCCUCACCCUCUCCCACUACUCGGAGGGAAACCGCCUGUUCCAGCGAGCCAUAGCCCAGAGCGGUACGGCUUUAUCCAGCUGGGCAGUCAGUUUCCAGCCAGCCAAAUAUGCCCGGAUGCUGGCCCGUAAGGUGGGAUGUAACCUGCAGGACACCGUGGAGCUUAUUGAGUGUCUUCAGAGGAAACAUUACAAGGAGCUAGUGGACCAGGACAUCCAGCCGGCACGAUACCACAUUGCAUUCGGACCGGUCAUCGAUGGCGACGUUAUACCGGAUGACCCACAGAUACUAAUGGAGCAAGGCGAGUUCCUCAACUAUGACAUCAUGCUGGGGGUGAACCAGGGCGAGGGCUUAAAGUUUGUGGAGCUCAUUGUGGACAACGAAAACGGUGUCCAGGCGAACGACUUCGACUACGCCGUGUCCAGCUUCGUGGACGACCUCUAUGGCUACCCCGAGGGCAAGGACAUCUUGCGGGAAACCAUCAAGUUCAUGUACACGGACUGGGCUGACCGGCACAACCCGGAGACCCGGAGGAAGACUUUGCUCGCGCUGUUCACGGAUCACCAGUGGGUGGCGCCGGCGGUGGCCACAGCCGACCUGCACUCCAGCUUUGGGUCGCCGACUUACUUCUACGCCUUCUACCACCACUGUCAGACUGAGCAGGUGCCUCCGUGGGCAGAUGCAGCGCACGGGGACGAGAUCCCGUACGUGUUUGGCCUGCCGAUGAUUGGACCCACGGAGCUGUUUCCCUGUAACUUCUCCAAGAAUGACGUGAUGCUCAGCGCUGUGGUCAUGACCUACUGGACCAACUUUGCCAAGACAGGUGACCCAAACCAGCCUGUGCCCCAGGACACCAAGUUCAUUCAUACGAAGCCCAACCGGUUUGAAGAGGUGGCGUGGACACGCUACAACCAGAAAGACCAGCUGUACCUGCACAUUGGACUGAAGCCUCGCGUCAAGGAGCACUACCGCGCUAAUAAGGUCAACCUGUGGUUGGAGCUGGUCCCUCAUCUCCACAGCCUCAACGAGGUCACACAGCUCAUCCCCACUACCACCAAGGUGCCCCCACCAGAGGCCACCAACAGAACUCCAAAGACGAAGGUGAUGGUGACCAAGAGGCCCAACCCAACGCCGUUCCCCACUGAGAACCACGACAGCCACAAUCAGCCGCACCUGGUGGACCAGCGCGACUACUCCACCGAGCUGUCCGUCACCAUCGCCGUGGGAGCCUCCUUGCUCUUCCUCAACAUCCUUGCUUUCGCCGCACUCUACUACAAGAAGGACAAGCGCCGCCACGACGUCCACAGGCGAUGCAGCCCCCAGCGCAGUGCCGCCAACGACCUGGCCCACAACCAGGAGGAGGAGAUCAUGUCCCUGCAGAUGAAGCAGCACUCGGAGCUGGACCGCGACUGCCGGGCGGUCGGGGACACCCUGCACCCGCACGACGUGGUGCUGAGGACUGCCUGCCCACCGGACUACACGCUGGCCAUGAGGCGCUCGCCGGACGACAUCCCACUCAUGACACCAAACACCAUCACCAUGAUCCCCAGCACCAUGGGGGGGCUCACCUCCCUCCACUCCUUCAACACCUACCCCAGCGGCGGACAGAACAACACGCUGCCCCACCCGCAUCCACACUCACACUCCACCACGCGGGUAUAG